CUUGCUGUAGCAUGGACAAACAUAACAAAGCCAAAUUAUUAACCACAUAUGGCUUCUGACGGCUACUCUUUCAGGACCUACAGCGAAGCAGAUCAUGAGCUCGAGGAGAAGGCAUAUAGAAGACAGACCCUUAAGCGACUCAUCAUCAUCGGACUCUCCACCGCCGUUUUCAUUGCCGUCACUAUCAGUGCGGUGGUGGGGAUGGUUGUACCACAGAAGAACACCGAAUCAUGUGCAUCGAAGCCAAUUACUCCUAAUUGGUGGCCGCCUCCUUCAACAGCCGCAUCAGGCCAGUCCAUUCAAGACAUGUGCAACACCAUGACUCUCUAUCCUUCCUCCUGCACUUCAAGCAUAACUUCUAUUCUAGAGGGCUUAUCUGGAGGAUUGCUAUGUAUUUGGGAAUCAACGGUGUUUAAAAUGAAGGAGGUGUUUGAGGGACGUUCGUUUGUGGGUGUUUUUGGGGCAUGGGGAGAAGAGCGGAUACCGGUGCAUUUCGUUAACAUUUAUUCUCCAUGCACUCUGGCGGGCAAAAGAGAGUUGUGGGAGGAGCUGGGUAACUUAAUUAACAGAAGGAAGGGUAGGUGGUGUGUAGGAGGCGAUUUUAAUGCUGUUACGAGGGUAGAGGAGAGGGCGGGGUGCAAAGACCCAACCAUAGAGAUGAACGAUUUUAACAGCUUCAUUCAUGAUGCGGGGUUGAUUGAUUUACCAUUGAUAGGCAGGAAGUAUACCUGGUACAGCUCCAAUGGUCGACAGAUGAGUAGAAUUGACAGAUUCCUAAUCUCUGUUGAUUGGCUUGAGAAGUGGGGUGAUGUGAAACAGUGGGGUUUGGGCAGAUCAGUGUCAGAUCAUUGUCCGCUGGUUCUGAAGAAUGAAAAAGUAGACUGGGGACCAAAGCCGUUUAAAUUCUUCGAUGCGUGGCUGGAGCAACCUGAUUGCAAGGAGCUGAUAAGAAAGACAUGGAAUUCUGCAGCGGAAGAGGGGAGAAAGGGAUUCAGACUAAAGGAGAAAUUAAAAGGAACAAAAAAAGCCUUGAAGGAGUGGAGUGGCAGUCAUAUGUCGGAAUUAGAUAGUAAGAUUAAGGAAGCGGAAAAGAUGAUAGCUUCCUUGGAUGAGAAAGGAGAAUCUGUUCAGCUAUCGGAAGAAGAAAACAUCAGGAGGAAAGGAUGCUUCCUUGAUCUGUGGAAGAACUUGAGAAUCAAGGAGAGAAUAUGGAGAAGAAAUGAGCUAAACAGCAUCCAGGUUAAUGGGAAACAGCUGCGGGAGGUGGGUGAAUUAAAAGAAGGAGUAGCAAAGUAUUUUCAAGAUCUAUUCACAGAAUAUGACAGGCGGAGACCAAAGCUGGAUGGCAUUAACUUCAAACAACUAUCCCAUGAAGACAAUGAAACCCUCAUGGCUGAGUUUACAGAGGUAGAAGUUAAAAAUGCAGUGUGGGAUUGCGAGCCAACAAAAUCCCCGGGGCCCGACGGGUUUAACUUCAAAUUUAUAAAGGCUAUGUGGGAGGACAUAAAGGAAGAUAUUAUGGGCUAUAUUCAAGAAUUUCAUGAGCGAGGCAAGAUGGAAAAAGGAGCAAAUGCGUCGUUCAUAGUCUUAAUCCCGAAGGUUGAAAACCCCCAACGAAUUGAAGAUUAUAGGCCAAUUUCGCUCAUUGGAGUCAUGUACAAGAUCCUGGCGAAGUUGUUAGCUAACCGUCUGAGGAAAGUACUGGAUAAGAUUAUCGGGGAGCAACAAAUGGCAUUCAUUAAGGGCAGACAGCUGCUGGAUGGGGUGAUCAUUGCUAACGAGGUGAUCGAGGAGGUAAGGAGAAAGAAGAAAAGCAGCUUUUUAUUCAAGGUGGACUUCGAAAAAGCUUAUGACAAGGUAAGCUGGGACUUUAUUGAUUAUAUGUUGAUGAGAAUGGGGUUUGCUGCCAAAUGGAGAAAAUGGAUGAAGGAAUGUCUACAAUCGAGCACAGUAUCAAUCCUCAUUAAUGGAAGUCCAACAAGGCAAUUCUCGGUUAGUAAAGGGAUAAGGCAAGGUGAUCCACUUUCUCCCUUCUUGUUCUUAAUAGUAGCGGAGGGUUUGAAUGGCUUAAUGGCAUCUGCGGUGGAUAAGAAUCUUUUCAAGGGGGCGAGGAUUGGAAACGUUGAUGUGACGGUAUCCCACCUUCAGUUUGCAGACGAUACAAUAUUUUUUGGAGAAGCUUCAAAGGAGAACAUCCAGGUUAUCAAAUGUGUGUUGAGAACCUUUGAGUUAGCUUCGGGCCUCAAGAUUAACUAUGGUAAAAGCCAGCUAAUGGGGAUCGGGGUGGAGGAGGAUUGGCAAAAAAGAAUGGCAUACAUUCUCCACUGCAAAGAAGGUGUGCUUCCUGUCAAAUAUCUGGGAAUUCAAAUUGGAGGAAAUCAUAGAAAGUUAUCAAUGUGGCAGCCAUUGGUGAACUCGUUCAAGACGAAGCUUGCAAGUUGGAAGGGCCGGGGUUUGUCAAUGGGAGGUCGAAUUGCGCUCAUAAAUUCUGUGUUGUCCAGCUUACCGGUGUUCCAGAUGUCAGCCUACCUUCUCCCAAAAGGUAUUCUCUACACUUUAGAUAAAAUUCGCAGAAACUUUUUAUGGGGAGGGGAGGGAGAGGGAAAGAAAAUCAAUUGGGUUUGUUGGGAGAGGGUUUGUAGAGCAAAGGAGGAGGGAGGGCUAGGAGUAAAAGACUUGCAGAAGUUUAAUGUGGCACUCAUGGGAAAAUGGUUGAGUAGGAAAGUAGGGUCGUUAUGGUGGAGGGACAUCCGAAGACUCAAAGCCGGGGAGGGAGUGAAUGUGAGAGGAUUGUGGGAGGAUUUUAGACUCAAGAUAGGGGAAGGGAGAGGUGUCAAAUUCUGGUGGGAUACAUGGUGUGGGGAGGAGUGUUUAGCUAACAAAUUUCCUAGACUAUAUCUAUUGUCAACAGGGAAAGAAAAAGAAUGUCAUGAAAUGGGUAAUGAGGAUCGAACCUUAUGGAAAUGGAAUUUAUCUUGGAGACGUAAUUUGCUUGAAUGGGAAGAAGAAGCAGUCCGAGAGCUCCAAGGGAUGAUUGAAGGAGUGAAGAUCACACCAGGUUGCCCAAACAGAUGGGAAUGGAGCCACAGCACGGAAGGCCAAUACUCGACAAAAAUAGCUUACCAAAAGCUAUCAAUGCCAAGGAAGAACCCAGAGGAAGAAAAAAUUUUUAAAAGGGUUUGGAACCCUAUCGUCCCUACCAAAGUGGCGGCACUUAACUGGAAAACACUGCUGGACAGAAUCCCUUCUAAGUUAAAUCUGAUCAAAAGGGGUAUUAUCAAAGACAUGGCAGAAGGAAAUUGUGUAUUAUGCAAUGAAGAGAUUGAGGAUGCUGACCACCUGUUUUUAAAAUGCAAAGUAGCUAGAGGCCUGUGGCAAGCAUGUGCAAACUGGUGGGGAACAAAUUUUACACUUCACAGAGAUUGCUGGACGACAUUUCAACAUUUUGGGACAUGGACUACAAAACCAUGCAUUUCAGAAGGGUGGGACUGCAUAUGGAGUACAGUUUCGCUCAAUGAGUUAGCGAACAUCUCUUCUCUUCUUUCUCCAAAAAGUAUUGUGAGUUUGGAACGUACCGAUGCUGUCUUGCACGGGGCAUUGGAUGUUUGUAGAGACCUUAAUAAAGAUGCCAUUGGUAAUAUCAUCAAAUCCUUUGCUUCCGUGCAAAUGAGUCAGGGAAAGGUGGUGUUGUCCACUGAUACGGUCAACGACAUCAGGGUGUGGCUGAACGCCGCCGUUACCUAUCAGAAAAUUUGUUUGGAUGGGCUAAAGAAGGUCGCAAACGAGACCGCUCUGGCCAGGUAUAUCGGAAAUGUAAUGCGUAACUCCACGGAGUUCACCAGCAACAGUUUGGAGAUUGCAUCUAAAAUAAUGACGUAUCUUCAUUAUUUCCAAACUCCGAUUCAUAAUCGAAAAUUACUGAGGAUUGACGGCGGCGCUGGCGCGCGGAUAUUGCAGGAGGAAAUUCAAACACCGGAUUUAACGGCGUCAUGGUAGCCAGGGACGGCAGUGGAGGGCCUGCAGGUCGAGUAUUAAAAUGACAGGCCUUUU